AUGUCAGAGAAAACAUCUCAGCAUGAAGGAGGAAGUAGAUUCGGAAGCAGAACCAGUUAAAGUGAGAUAUAAGAUUAAGGAAUGAUUAUUUAUUUAGGGAGAUCACAAAGAAGCUCUGUGUCAAGAGCAGGAGAGAAUAUAAUGAAUAAUGAUUUGGAUUAAAUGAUGAGAACUACUAUGCCAAGGAUUCUAGCUGCUGAUGACAGAACUAAAUUCAUCUAGCACAUAAGAUCACAUGACUAUGAGAAUCCUGAGAUGUAACAAAUGAGUGCCACAGUCAGAUCAAAAUUAAGGGAUAUGCUUAAAAUAUAAGAGGAUGAAGAAUUCUUAAAGAAAGCCAAACUAUAUAAACUCCCACCUGACAACUAUAGAGGACCACUAAUAGUCAAUCAUGCCUUGAAACCGUUUGAAAAUAAUUUCGUAGUAACAAACGAUGCUCAUUCAAGACAUACCAAUAAUGGAUAUCAGAGAAAUGCCUUAGGAGGGUUUUACGCUCAUUGA